UGUUGACCUCAGGUGGGAAUAGAGCGAGGAUGAAGGUGACUUCCAAAUUGGGAAAUGAACUCGGACCUGUGAUCACUUCCCAAAAUGGUUAGCGUCUGGUGUCUUCCCUGUGGCUGCCGAACGAAUCCCCAUCAACAAUGCUUGAUUCAAUCCUCAACUCCAUCCUUCAUCUUGCGCCUGAUAAGAUUUACUCAUAGGGUGCUAUGCGCCACCUGCUAUUCUCGCUGCCAGGGCUUGCCUCAGUGAGGAGCUACACCGCCGUCUUUGCGUGGCGACCUCGAUCUACCCGUUCGCUCUGCAGAAGCGCGCAACUCGCGUCAUCGACGUAUAGCAACUAUGCCGUUGAUAUCCCGGUUGGGAAUAAUGGGCAGAUUACAUUACAAAUAGCUCAUCCAGAUGACUUGCCGCUUCAGAACGGGAGUGUGAUCAUUCAUCUACCUCCAGGACCGUUAUUCACGCAACCUGGAAUUGCUGAUCGCGAGACAUCUGAAACUGCUAAGCAACGUGACCAUGGCGCAGUCUCCGCUGGGAAAAGCGCUACCGGCUUGUCGCUGGCGCAAGAUCUCGCAUCUAGCACUCUCUCGACUAUAGUAACCAUUAAUUAUCGGCUGGGCUAUUCUCCGUUCCCAUCUCAAGAAGCACAAAAGCCCGUAUCGAAUUCUGUGGCAGAUGCAACAACCAGCGAGGGACCAGCAUCGCCAGAAAAGGUUAUUCAUCAAUAUCCAACCCCAGUACAUGACACCCUCGCAGGCUUGGAUUGGAUUCACCAAUACCUACGGCCGAAGCGCCUCGGAGUCAUCGGCACGCACAUCGGCGGCUCGCUAGCCAUAAUGCUUUCCCUUACAGAAGCACAAGCCGUCCACGCUGUCGCAGCACUCGAACCAGUCUGCGACUGGACUGGCCUCGACGAGCAUUGUCUACUUACUAUGCCUGAUGCCACAGAGUCGAGUCCGGCACCGAUGUCGACGGCAGCCCUGGCAGCUGACGCCAUAACUCAGAAGAAGCGAACCGCAGCGACCAGAGCAAGUACGCCACCCACCGCCCCGCACGACUUGAUCCCCCUUCUCAAAGCUCGACGAUCAUACUUCACAGCCCCAGAACGAUACUUCGAUGCUUUCGCCUCUCCUAUUCUCUUCCUCCGUUCCGCGGGGAAAGACGUUCCCCGUAUAUUCCCCGAGUAUCUGACAGGACCGGAGUACCCGAUUCCCGUUCUGCAGCCGAAGACAUCACAGGAGAUCUUUGAGGAAAGCAUCUACAAAUAUUACCCCUCGUUGUCGGACAGCAGUAUGUCGGCAUUAUCAACACACUCUGAGAGUCCAGCCACAUCACCCCCACUGUCGCCCAUACUGGCAUACCUCAGCGAGAAGGCCGCCGCUGCCGCUGCCGCUGCCAUCGCUGAAGAAGAAUAUAUGGACGACGAGGAAACAAAUCAGAGCGCCAUCCGUCGCAGAAAGUCGGUCUCGCGAUGGCCGCCGUACGGACUCGAUUACGGAAUUAGCGGUCCGGCGGUGUUGAACCACCCAAACCGAGGAGUCAAGCGCUUGGAAGUGACGCUACCGUGGGUAAGGGUAUUUGCUCGCGGUGAAGCCCUCGAGAAGACGGAGCCAGGAGCCCCGGCCCCGGUUCAGAAGCUCUUAGCGAAGCGAAAGUCCACUGCGGCUAGACGCAAAACCCACUCGGAGCGUGUCCUGGCGCAACAGGCGGUCGAUAUGGUGGACGUUAUGCAGCGGGCCUGUUUUUGGGGUCGGGAGAAGGGGUUCGGGGAGAGCAGAGUUACGCUUGUGACGGUUGGGGCGGAGACCUGGCCUACCUCCGCGGAGAGAUCUGCUGGGGUUUGGCUGCGGGACGUGAUGAUGGAGAUCGAUAGUGCUGAGCUAUGAUUGAUCUCAUGCUUACCCGCCGAUAAUCAGAACGGCGCUGAUAUCUUGGGUCAUUGAUGGGCCUCAUGAAAUUAUGGACCCAAGGAAGUUCACUACUGAUUAUGUCACCUAUUCGUUGGUGAGAUAUUAAUAUCACAAUAUUCCCAUGUCAUAGCCGCUUUUCUCGCAAAAUACAGUUCGAGUCAGAAGGAAUCAAUGCACACAUUGAUCCGACGCCGGGGUGGUGCGGCAACGCUAAUUUACACCAGUGGUACUUCGGCAGGCUUAAGUGCCUCGUUCUGGACCACCUCAACCCAGUAUCCAUCCGGGU